CUGCGCGCCGUAGAUAACCUACAAGAAUGAUGGUGAUGUCGUCGCGUCGGCGGUGCGCGACCGUGUCGUAAAAAGGCACGGCUGUAUCCGUGUUCCUCGCGUGAGGGUAUCAUGAGUCGCGCGUGCCACUCGGUGAUGACGUGGAAUUGCAGUGCGAUCGCCGAUCGCGCGUGAUUCGACUCGCGUGGCUUGUAGGUUACCCCGUCGUCGUCGGAUCGGCGACUGGAGGCUCGACCAUUGAAUCGUUGUGCGCGCAAGGAAUUUUAUCGCCAGUAGAAUCUUAUCAACGGGCUUGUCCGUCAUGUAUCUCGUGAGGAUCGGGCAGCUCGAGCCCUAUCUGUCAAUGUCUGUCUUCUAUUUUAGUUUUGACCAGCAAUAUGAAAGAACAAGAGUGACUAUAUCCUGGAGGAAUUUCUGAGCCAUAAUAUAAGUAACGUUUACGAUGUGCUUGUGACUGAAUAUAGACCUCUUACAUGGGAAAAGAAUGCUUAGAACUAUCAUAUAUCUUUGUAUAACCUGAUUGUAUUGAAGAUGCAAGCCAAGAAACGCUAUCUAUUAUUGUUUGUAACAUGUGCGUUUCUUGGUUACUGCUAUUUCGGUGGAUAUCGUUUAAAAAGCGAAAAAUGGACAGGCAGAUCUCAGUUGCCUUACGAGCGAUUGCCUUCAUAUUUAAGUCUAAACGAAGAGUUCUAUGACAAAGAUUUAAAGACAUCCAGCGGGGCUUUGGCUAUGUCACAGCGUACACGGCAUUGCCGCAUGGAAACCUGCUUCGACUUCACUAGAUGCAAGCAAGGUUUCACCGUGUACGUUUACCCGGUCGAGGAUGUGAUAAGUCCACUAUACCAAAAAAUAUUAAACGUUAUCACAGAGUCGAGAUAUUACACGUCGGAUCCGGCACGAGCAUGUAUAUUUGUCUUAGCCCUGGAUACGUUAGAUAGAGAUCCCUUAUCUACUGAAUUUGUACACAAUCUCCCCUCGAAACUGCUGCAUCUACCAUAUUGGAAUAACGGAAGAAAUCAUCUGAUAUUUAACUUAUAUUCUGGUACGUGGCCCGAUUAUGCGGAAGAGUCGCUGGCUUUUGACGUGGGUUACGCCAUGCUCGCUAAGGCCAGCAUGUCCAUCUUUAGACACAGACCGGACUUUGAUGUGUCCAUACCUCUGUUUGGCAAACAACAUCCGGAACGUGGUGGAGAAUCCGGUCAAGCGUUAGAAAAUAAUUUUCCCAAUAAUAAAAAAUAUGUGGCAGCUUUUAAGGGAAAACGAUAUGUACAUGGCAUUGGAUCUGAGACGAGAAAUGCUCUCUAUCAUCUGCACAAUGGGAAAGAUUUGGUGUUUGUUACGACUUGCCGUCACGGGAAGGCCUGGAGGGAAUUGCAGGAUGAACACUGUCAGCAAGAUAAUCAGGAGUAUGAUACAUACGACUAUGAAAUUUUAUUAAUGAAUGCUACAUUUUGUCUGGUUCCGCGAGGACGACGAUUAGGUAGCUUUCGGUUCCUAGAAGCUCUGAGAUCAGGAUGUAUUCCAGUUAUUUUAAGUAACGGUUGGGCUCUACCCUUUCAUGAGCGUAUCGAUUGGACCCAGGCUGUAAUAUUCUCUGAUGAAAGAUUAUUACUCCAAAUUCCAGAUAUAUUAAGAUCUGUGUCCAAUGUACAAAUUCUUAAAGUACGACAGCAAACACAAUUUUUAUGGGAGAGAUAUUUUUCUUCUAUUGAAAAAAUUGUGUUCACCGUGUUCGAGAAUAUUCGCGAGCGUUUGCCAUGGGAAGGUGCACGGGAAAGAAUCGUUUGGAAUACCAAUCCCGGAGCGUUGGCAAUUUUACCGCAAUUCGCUGAUAGCCAGCACGAACUUCCCUUUUCAAACAGUAAUCCUGGUAAUACUUUCACUGCCAUAAUCUAUUCACAAUUGGGAUCCACCGCCGUACUUUAUCGUUUACUUAGGAGUCUCGCGAAAAGCAAAUAUCUAGAUAAGAUAAUACUUAUGUGGAACUCGGACAUUCCGGUGCCAAGAAAACCACGUUGGCAAGGUAUCAGAGCGUCAAUCCAUGUUGUCGCGGUUGACGGCAUAUCUCAACGUUUUUAUCCUCAUCCGUUAAUCAAAACUAGUGCCAUAUUGUCGCUCGACGAGGACGCCACACUAAAUACCGAUGAGAUUGACUUCGCUUUUACGGUUUGGCGAUCAUUUCCCGAUCGAAUAGUAGGUUAUCCAGCGAGGUCGCACUAUUGGGAUGAUUCAAAGCGUUCCUGGGGUUAUACCAGUAAAUGGACAAACGACUAUAGUAUCAUUCUCACCGGUGCCGCUUUUUACCACCGUUAUUAUAAUACUCUGUAUACCGAGUUGUUAAGCUCGACCCUCCACAAAACUGUGGAGCAAUCGCAGAACUGCGAGGAUAUACUCAUGAACUUCCUGGUGAGUCACGUAACUCGAAGGCCGCCCAUCAAAGUGACGCAGCGAAAGCUGUACAAAGAUACAACGGUAGCCGGAAUUAGAUCGCCAUGGAAUGACCCGGAUCAUUUUAUACAGCGGCAAACUUGCAUGAAUACAUUUGUCGCUGUCUUCGGAUAUAUGCCACUGUUGCGAUCUAAUAUGCGACUGGAUCCCGUUCUGUUCAAAGAUUCCGUGAGCAAUUUGCGCAAGAAGUAUAGGCAAAUUGAACUAGUUAGUAAUUAGAAUUGUACACGCUGCUCGAUUAUGCGUAACUAUUUAAUUUUUUUAAGCGCGCCUGAUAACGCAAAAUCUUCGUGUACAAUACUAGAUCUGUUUUCUUUAGCACACUUGUAUCUUUUCUGUACUUAUGAUGAAAAUAGAUUCAGAAAAGAUAUGCAUGUAUAGAAUUUUCGAAAAUAGGAAAGGAAAGAGCGGAAAAUUAUGAGCAAGUGCAAUAAGUAUAAUUUUAAAAGAAACAGAUCUAUCGUCGUACGAAUGUGCAUAUAUAGACGUACGGGGAACAUUUGCGCGUUCACGUACUAUGCCAUAUUAGGCUAUCGGUGUUGUCGGGCAAAACAAAUCAAAGUCCGUUAUUCAGCAGGAACGCAUGGUGAUAAUCCUGCGAUUUAUUUGCGAAUAAUUUUGUACAAAUUGUAGAGUCGUAACGACGCCAUUUCUAUAUUUGACGAUGUCUCGCGCAGCUAUCAUACUAACUGCGAAUCAGCAUUUAAUUGAUGUACAUAUAAAUCGUUUCGUAAUUAUUAAUGAAAAAGCUAUUUAAGAAAUAUUUGAAUUUUUCACGUACUGAUCAUUGAAAUUGUUUGAAUGGUUUGAUAAAAAAAAGAUAAAGAAAAAUCAAAUUUUUCUGAUACGCGUGUUUUCGUACAAUUAUCUUGCAGCUAAAAAGAAAAGAAAGAAGCGAAAAAGAUAUCGCAUUUGUAUGUAUAACAAUAUUUUUAAUCAUAGUGAUUUGCGAAUGUUUUUCUAUUUGAAUAAAUGUAUUUCAUGUAAUUCUUCUUAGAUUCGAGAUACGUAAGAAAUCCGUAAAGUCUUAGGGCAGACUUCGUCAAGUGCUUUGAUAGUGACGACGUGACAGUGUUUGUAUCGAGGCGAGAUGCAAACAAGAUCUGUUUAUAUUUAAAACAAUUGUAAAGAUGUUAGGGUUUAAUGCGAUCGUUGCUAUCGAUUUUUCUUGCUAUCCAAUAAUUUUGAUAUCAUAUCAUUUUAUUAUACGGCGUCGCCUUACUAACUUUCCCUUUCCUCUCUACCCCUCUUCGCUCUUUUUAAAAUAUAUAAACUUCGUAUAUUUAAAGUGGAUCAAAUUUUAUAUCUGAAGAGAUUUUAUCAAUUUAUCCAAUUGUGCACAAUUAUUUAUGUGCAUACUAUUGCGUAUGCUGCAUUGUUUUACUCUGUAAACGUUCUAUCCGAUUUGAAAUCGCAUUGGUUUACGAAAAUGGAUUUAACGAAUCCAAUCAGCAUAUUUAUUCAGUUCAGCGUAUCUAUUUGAAAUCUACUGCCGAGUUCUCAGGAACAAAACGUGUUUGAACAAAAAAAAACAAAAACAAAAAAAACAAAAAAAGGAAAGAAAAUUUUUUUUGUCAAGGCGUCGCAACAAUAUCUAGUCGUUUACACCGCUACACGUUGUUACACGAUGAGAGAAAUAACAUGUAGUCCCUCGGUUAGAAGGAUUGUACAAUAAUGUGGCAUCUGCAUGCGUGUGUUGAAGACGGAAAGCUAUUUAUAUAUGUGAUAUGUUUUUUUCGUCUAUCAUGCGUUUCGUAAUCAUUCGCGAGGGAUAACGAAGAAGCUCUGCAAUUUUUAUGCAUAUUAUAUUUCUGCAACUUGAGGAGGUAUGCGCAAUGCGUUAGAAUCAAAAACGAGUUAAUUAAAGUUCUACCCGGAAUUUUUCGUACUUGUUAUUAAUUCCGGCGGUUGAUCAUACGUUGAUCUACUUUUCAAUUGUCCUUGAGUUGUUACAUUAGUUGAUAAAUGUAAAUUAAUAUCUGAGUGUGUAUAUAGAAAUUGGUAGGAUAAUCUCUAUCCUCUUUGACUGCUCGGCGAACAAUCCUAAUCAAAUAUGUUCCAAUCGUUACCGGUUACUGACACGGGCAGGCGUAAUCCUCGUACAAAGAAAAAAAAAAGUCCUACGCGGUGGCCGCAGAUACUUUGAUUCUACCCGUUAUGAAGCGAUGGUUCCGAUCUGUUAAACAUUUUCCAUGUAAUCGUAUUGCGGAAAAAAAAAAUGUAAGGUAAUAAGAUAUAGUAUUAGUCAUUUUAUAUGGGGAAAAAAAUAAACUGUUUUGUACAAAA